AAAAAAAAGAGUUUCCAGUGUGCGCCUGGAGCAAAUCCACCCCCUCCCUCCCCCAAACCCACACCUCGUCGUUGCCACCACCAUUGCCGCCGCCGGAGAGCCCGCCCUCUGGAGGCGCAGCCGCCCGCCGAUACCACCGUCGUCUCCGCCGCCAUGAUUUGCGCAAUCUCCGGCGAGGUGCCGGAGGACCCGGUCCUGUCGACCAAGUCGGGGCUGCUCUUCGAGCGGAGGCUCAUCCAGCGCUACAUCGAGGACCAUGGGAAGUGCCCGGUCACCAAGGAGGAGCUCGCCAUGGACGACCUCGUGACGGUGAAGACCAACAAGAUUCCUAAGCCUAGACCUCUGCAAGCUGCAAGUGUCCCUGGACUCCUUGGUAUGUUUCAGAAUGAGUGGGAUGCUCUCAUGCUGUCUAAUUUUGCUUUGGAGCAGCAGCUACAUACAGCAAGACAAGAGCUCAGUCACGCGUUAUACCAGCAUGAUGCUGCUUGCCGUGUUAUCGCCAGACUAAAGAAGGAAAGAGAUGAGUCUAGGACACUUUUGGCUCAAGCUGAAAGGCAGAUUCCUAUUUCAGCUGCAGGACCUGCGCCUGUAGCUGCUGUUACAAAUGGGAAAAGAGGUUUUCACCGUUCUAACAUGUCAAAAGCUAACUUUUUUGUCUGUUUUGCUCUAAUCCUCUUUCCUGGAUACACAGCUUUGGAAGAUGAAGUGGGUCCUGAUGGGAAGAAGAUACGUCCUGGUAUUAAUCCUGUCAUCAUCGAUGAAUUAACAGAAUGCAAUUCUGUGCUCUCAGCACAGCGCAAGAAACGGCAGGUACCUCCAAGUUUAGCACCAAUUGAUGCACUUGAAAGAUAUACUCAAAUCUCCAGUCAUCCACUUCACAAGACGAACAAACCAGGGAUUUUAUCUAUUGAUAUUCAUCAUUCAAAGGAUAUUAUUGCUACUGGGGGUAUCGAUACAAACGCAGUUCUUUUCGAUAGGCCGUCGGGUCAAGUCUUGUGCACUCUCACUGAUCACUCAAAGAAGAUUACGAGUUUGAAAUUUGUUCCCCGUGAUGAGCUUUUGAUAACCGGAUCAGCAGAUAAGACUGCCCGUGUAUGGCAAGGUAAUGAAGAUGGAAGCUAUGGUUGCAGGCACACAAUGAGAGAUCAUGGUGCAGAGGUUGAAGCUGUCACGGUCCAUGCUAGUCAGAAAUACUUUGCAACUGCCUCCAGAGAUAGCACAUGGUGCUUUUAUGAUAUUUCAACAGGGUCUUGCCUCACACAGGUUGGUGAGGCUUCUGGACAAGAUGGAUACACAUCAGCAGCUUUCCACCCGGACGGUCUUAUUCUUGGAACAGGCACGUCAGAAGGUGUUAUCAAAAUUUGGGAUGUAAAAUCACAGGCAAGGGUUGCAAAGUUUGAAGGGGAGGUCGGGCAUGUUGGAACAGUGACUGCCAUGUCCUUCUCAGAAAAUGGAUAUUUCCUAGCGACCGCAGCCCUUGAUGGUGUCAAGCUUUGGGAUCUACGAAAGUUGAGGAAUUUUAGGACCCUCUCUCCAUACGAUCCAGACACACCAACAAGUUCUGUGGAGUUUGACUUUAGUGGAAGUUAUAUCGCCGUUGCCGGUUCUGAUAUAAGGGUUUACCAAGUGGCCAAUGUCAAGACGGAAUGGAAUCUUGUCAAGACGUUACCAGAUUUAUCCGGCACAGGGAAAGUGACAUCGGUGAAGUUCGGGGCAGAUGCCAAGUAUGUGGCUGUAGGUUCCAUGGACCACAACCUGCGCGUAUUCGGGCUCCCUGGAGAUGAGCAGAUGGAGGAGGCAAAAUCAGAGUCAGCGGCGCAAUGAGUAGAUGGUACAUAUCUUUGAUUUUGCUCAGGAUGCAGUAACCAUUUUGCCGUUGGUAGUCCGUGUCGUCGAGGAUACGCUUGAAAGAGGAAUAUGCAUGCCCCUGAACUGAAGCAGCCCGGCGGUCCAAGUGGUCCAUCAAACCUGUGGGGCGAGCCACAUGUUUUUUUGUAAUUCGACGACGUUUGCACCGAACGAAAUAUCUAUCUAAGAUGCCAAAGGCUGUCUAGGUUGUUGGUCGUUUGAUGCGAGGGCCGCGCGGGAUUUGGUAGAUAUAGGUUGAGUUUUACCAGAUAUAUGUAUGGACUUGAACUGUACAAGGCUGGCAGAAGCGACGUUGAGGAUUCUGUUACCCUUUCUGCUAGGCAUUGUAGUAGUAGUACUGUUUUUA